CCUCGACGAAAUCCUCGACAUGCUCGAAAUUUCUAUAGAAAUCUACUGAAAAAAAUAAUUAACUGUUUUAUCAUCCAGGUUCUGAUAAAGAAGAUAAUUUAUAUAUUUUAAAAUUUAAAAACCUGGAGAUUACUGAUGAUUGGUAACGAAAUAAAUUUUGUCUUUGACAACUAACGCUCUCACUGAGUGACGUGGUGAUGGUUUCACACUAGGACACGAGGGAUCCUCAUAUAUAUACAUAUAUAUAAUUAGCAAGUGAUUUUUUAUGUGUGUGUGUUGUCUGUUAACUACUUGGACUAAAUGUACCUGUAGUAAACUCAACAAACGUCUGAUCUUAUUCAGCUGAGCUAAAAAAAAUAAAUAAUAAAUAAAAAUAUUAAGUAUUUAAAAAAUAAAGACUUGAAUUUGAAUAAUUAGCAGUAACGUAAUUAAGUUAAUAGAUCCCGUAAGUUAAAAUGAUUAAUUACUUGUUAUUUUUUGUGAUAUCAGCAUUAGUUUUAUCAUUUGAAUUGAGCCACGUAACCGGUACUAAAGUAACACGUAUACGGGGUAUUCCAUUAUCAAAAAAUUCACUUUAUGAUCCGAAAAAAGACUUUAGUUGUUUAGAUGGCAGCCGUAUUAUAACAUUCGACAAAGUUAAUGACGACUACUGUGACUGUGGUGAUGGGAGUGAUGAACCCGGUACCGCUGCUUGCUCAAAUGGCUUCUUUUUCUGUGAGAAUCCUGGUCAUAAGUCACGAUACAUACCAUCGAGUCUUGUCAAUGAUGGAAUUUGUGAUUGCUGUGAUGCUAGUGAUGAAUACUUAUCCUCGGCAUCAUGUGUUGACAACUGCAAGGAGCUUGGGAGGGAAGCAAGAGCUGAAGCUGAAAAAGCUGCUGAGCUGGUGAGAGAGGGCAGCAAAAUCAGGCUGCAGUUGGCUGAGGAAGGACGAAAAUUGAAGAACGAGAUUGGGGAAAAAUUGACGAAGCUGAAAAAUGACUUCUUGGAGGCUGAGCUUAUCAAGAAAGAAAAAGAGAUUAUCAAGAACCAGGCUGUUGAUAGAGAAAAUGCCGCUUUGGAAAAAUAUAAACCGGCUGAAUCAGAGGCUACGGAUAGGAACGAUGAGCAGAGUGAUGAAGCUAAACUACGAGAAGCUGAUGAGUACUUUAAGAUGCUUGAUUCUGAUGAAAGUCACAGUGUCACUUUGAGUGAAUUACAAACGAGAAUUAUUUUUGAUCGUGAUCAUAAUGGUGCUGUCACUGAGGAAGAAGCGAUGUACUUUUUGGGACAGGAUGAAGUCAAUUUUGAUGAGUUUCUUGAGAAAUCAUGGAAUAAUAUCAAGCCAGUACUCAUGAAAGAACAAGGAUUAUUUAGAGGCCCAGACGAUCAGGAGCAACGUCAAGUCCACGAGGAGCAUGAGCUUGAACACGAGGACGAGCAUGAUACUGAGGAAGACGAAGAUGAAGAAGACCAGGAACAAGAUGUUGAAGGAGCUGCUGAAGAUGCUGAAGGUCACGCUGAAGAGAUUGAAAGAGAGGGUGAAGUAGAGCAGCCACCAGAGCAGCCGCAGGUUCAGUACGACGAAGAAACUCAGGCGUUAAUUGACGAGGCGACCGCCGCAAGGACUCAGUACCAGCAAGCAGAGAAGGCUGCGCUUGAUCUUCAAAAUGAAAUAAGAUCACUGGAGGCUAAAAUCGACCGAGAUUACGGACCUGAGGAAGUUUUUGCUUCGCUAGACGGUGAGUGUUAUCAGUACACGGAUCUGGAGUACGUGUACACCAUGUGCAUGUUCGGGCGGGCCACUCAAAGUGCCAAAUCUGGAGGCAGCGAAGUCAGUUUAGGUCACUGGCAAGACUGGGCCGGUCCGGAUUACAGCAAAUACUCAAAGGCCAAAUUUGACAGAGGUCUCACCUGCUGGAAUGGACCAGCCAGGUCUACAAUGCUCGAUUUACGUUGUGGUAAAGAAAACAAACUUGUGUCAGUAUCCGAACCAAGUCGGUGUGAGUACGCCAUGAUAUUUACGACACCGGCGCUUUGUAAUCCUGAUGCUGAUAACUCUAGUGUACAUGAUGAAUUGUAAAAAUAUAAAUAAUGAUAAUGAUAAUAACAACAAUAACAGCAACCAGUAACUGAUAAGAUGAAAUCGACUAAUGAUAACGUUUCAUAGGAUUUUAAAUAAAUUUAUGUGGACACUAUUCACUGAUUUUUUUACGCGUUCACAAUAAUAUUUAUCAUUGCCAAGAUAAAUAUCAACUGUUUAAAUAUUUUCGAGGUUUAUUAUUAUUAUUAUUAGUUUUUUUUUUUUUUUUUUCAAUUAUUUUUUACUUUACCAUAUUUUCUAAACCAAUAAAUACUUAGUACUGACGCCCGUAAUGAUUAGAUAAUUUUUUAGCAAGUGCCUAGUCAACAAUAAAUGCAUUUACUUGUGAACGCAAUAAUGAGAGAGGAUUUAAGUAAAUUGUGAAAACGAUAAUUAAUUUUUAAAUUUAAACGAGUAACCGGUUCAGCGAUCAUUUUUUUAAAAUGCGAGGCAAUAAAUUUUUGAAUACAAUAAUUAUACAUAUUAAUUAAAAAAAAGAAGAAA